AUGCAGAACCGUCUGGUUCUUUUCUUCCUCUCUGAAGUGGGAGGAGGGACGACAGGAAGCGUGAUUGCAAGUCGGUUGACGGAGAACCCUCGCGUGAAGGUCCUGGUACUCGAGGCUGGGUCGGAUGGAACCGUGCUCUCGUUGAUCCCUGCAGCCGCCACCUUGAUGUGGUGGUACACCAAUUUCGACUACCGCUACACCAGCGAACCUCAGGGAGACUCCUGCCUCGCUCUCAAGGGAGGGGUGAGUCCACCCACUUGCGUCCUCAACUCUGUGUAA